GAGAGAGAGAGAGAGAGAGAGCUGUUCUGGCUUUCAUCAGUCACAUCUCGCAGUGGGAGGGGGAUUGAAGCGGCUGCCUCGGAGCUCUCCGGUAACAGAGACAGUAGACGGACACUGACGAUCCCCACACAGCGCAUUGUACACUCUACCUGACCUGCAAACCUGACCGGGAGGAAGACGAUGAAGAAGACCUAAAGGAAGGAACUUUCCUCCGAUUCUGGGGAAUUGUUUUUUUUUUUCCCCCCAAUCCACACUUGACAGCAUAUUUCUUCUUAAAUUCGGGCAUCAUCUAAAGUCAGAAUGCACGUUAUUGAUUCAUAAACACCAGAUGGCGGCGAGUUGAAAUAUCACUCAAACACAUCUGAGCGUUGGGACGGGACAGGGUGUUUUAUUUCUCACCUCUUUUAUAACAGCUGCGGGCGAGAAAACUUGCUUUCUACCGGUGGCGGACCCCCUUUCUCUUCUUCCUCCUCCUCCUCCUCCUCCACCACCACCACCUCCUUCUCCUCCUCCAACCGUCUUCACUUGAGAAAGCAGCCACCGAGGAGACAACACUACAGCCUGCCAGCCAGCGGUCAAAGGGAAUCAAAAUAACAAUUUAGUGAACAGCAAGCACAAGAUUGGACCCUCACAAGGAUGCUACUCCCGCACAGACACUACUAGACGGUCCGAACAGCCGCUGCCAAUAUGUUUAGGCGAGGUUAUGGUGGGGUGGAGUUACUCUUGGUGCUGUGUGGCCUGGAUCUCUCUCUGCCCUGCCCUCGCCAUUGCAUCUGCUACACUUCACCCAGCACCGUCUCCUGCCAGGCCCACAACUUCCAUGCCGUGCCCGAGGGCAUCCCCGCCCAGAGCGAGCGUGUCUUCCUUCAGAACAACAAGAUUCAGCGGCUGCUUCGCGGCCACUUCUCGCCCACCACCACCAUGUUGUGGCUUUACUCCAACAACAUCUCCUACAUACAACCGUCCACCUUCCACGGCUUUGACCGCCUGGAGGAGCUCGACCUUGGGGACAACCGGCACCUGAAUGCCAUUGCUUCAGAUACCUUCCUUGGCCUGGGCAGACUUCAUGCCCUGCACCUAUACCACUGUGGCCUGAUCAGCCUGCCUCCAGGGAUCUUUGCGGGCCUCCAUAAUCUUCAGUAUCUCUACCUACAGGACAACCAGUUAGAGUUCCUGGAAGACGAUCUGUUCAUCGACCUACUGAACCUCAGUCAUCUCUUUCUGCAUGGCAAUCGACUAUGGAGCCUUCGCCAGAACACCUUCCGUGGUCUGGGGGUCUUGGACCGCCUGCUUCUCCACCAGAACCGAAUCCAGUGGGUUGACCGCCAGGCUUUCCAUGACCUGCGGCGCCUCACCACCCUUUACCUGUUUAAUAACUCCCUGACUGAGCUAUCUGGUGGCAGCUUGACUCUACUGCCAGCACUGGAGUACCUACGACUUAACGACAACCCCUGGGAGUGUGACUGCAAGGCCCUGUCACUUUGGGAUUGGUUGCGGAGGUUCAGAGGUUCCACCUCCUCACUCAUGUGUGUUUCACCACCAGAGCUUGCAGGGAAGGACCUGAAAACGCUGAAGAAAGAGGAGCUGCCCAGUUGCUCGUCCAGCGAGGGUCAUGCACAUGGUGCCCCGGGUGGGGAGAUGGAGCAUGGAGAGUCUCUGAACCACCUGAAUCGACACAGAAACCAUCACAACCACCAUCAGCGACCGUACUUGCCCCACGGGGACCAGUACAGCUUGCCUUCACCCUCGCCCCUGCCACGGCCACCUAAAGGAGGCCGCAGAAACUGCACCCGCCGGGGCCGCAAGGCAAAAGGGGGGCUCAAUGAGGUGCAGGUGCUACAGGAGGAUGGUGAGAAAGACUAUACUCCAGAUGGAGGUAAAUAUGACCUGUCUGCAACUGCAAGAAGGAAGAACAAGUGCAUCCCCAGAACUUCUGUCGGCCCACCAAGUGGGGUCCAGAGAGCUAAUAAUAACGCAGGGUCACACCUUGCAGAUUAUAUUUUCUGUUUACCAUCAGCUCUGCUGCUGUCACUCAUCUCUGUGAUCCUACGCUGAGACAGGAAAUGGACACUUUUGUACUGGUGGUGCAACCUUAUGAUUCAUUCUCCUGAACCACCCUGCCCUGGCUCUUUAAAUGAGGCAUGUGUGCAUAAGUGUGUGUGUACAUGACUGUGUAAAAAGAACAUUAUCAAAUAUCUACUGUCGAAGUAUCCCUGCGGUAUUAAGGCAGGAAUCUAUAUGAGUCAUAAUCAAAACAUGGAAGUCAGGGAAAACAAUUUAGCCCAUUUCUUUGAUGAUGUCACCAAGGGAAACAGCAGGAAAACUUUACAUCUGUCUCUGUGGCAUCGACUGCUUCACUGAAUACAUGUACUUAUAAAAACUGUACAGACACAUAAAAUAACAAGCCAAUGAUUCAUUCUAAUAAUAGUGAGAAGAACGCGCAAUAAGGUUCAAAACAGUUAAAGGCUCAGUCUCUAUGUUUAGCCCUCUUGACACAAUAGUGCUCUCUCAGCGCACCCUCCAUCUGUCACUCAUGCUGAGACAAAGGCACAGUCAUUCAUAACUGUCACACUGCUCAUUCAACAGCACCUUAAGAUGCAGAAACAAAAUACUGCAGACAGUGGCAGUAAAAUGAGUCAUCGUUUGAGCAGUAAUAACUACAAUCACUAUAUAUCUACUAAUAAAGUGGUUUUACUUGCAUGUCUCACAGCAAGGUGAACCCACUUUAAUGGACAUCUGUAUCCUUGGCUUUUAGUCUUAACUCUAAAAAACACCACUGGAGUUGUGACACAUCUAUAUAACUGGCAAUUCUUCAAACUAGUCCUGUUAAAAGGUUUCCGCUGUCCUUGUUUUUGCAACUCAUCAACUUAAAAGCCAUUCAGAACUAACCUAUCAUAAGAGCCAACCGUCACGGUCUGUAAAUGAGGAGGUGAGUGAAUGAGUUUCUGUGUUAUUGUUUGUAUGAAUGUGUGUCUACUAAAAAAAAAGCCAUGCGGGUAGAACGACACUAGAUAGCAAGAGUGCCUAAUGAGAGCCAGUGGCCAAUGAGGACAAACCAUAUAGGUAAGGGAUAGCCUCAAUAACUCUUUGCGACCUCACUGGCUCCCAAACAGAGGCCUGAACAGGCCAGGAAGGUCAACUCAUGCAAGUCAAGGAAAAGCUGAGGCCCGAGCCUCACUCACAAACCUUCUAACUCCCAGAAAAUGUUAUGCACUUUCCUCUGAAAUGCUGUGGAGAAAAAUGGAAAGAAAAUAUAUCCUUCAAGCAGAGAUGAUUCAAUCCAAAUACUCACAGGAGGGUUUCAAAUGCUGGUAAAGAAAAAUUUCUACAAUCAGGAAGGAGUACUGAUGACCACCACAACACCGCAAUAUAUCUCCUGCAAUGGCAUAAUCAAUUGCUGAUACUGGAAAACAAAGCAGUUUCGAGUCUGUGAUGAUCAUCACAGGGCAAAGGGACUGACAAACUGCUACUGAAUUUAUUUUUGUCCUCUCUGUUGUGUUUAGUGCGCUCCAGAACAGAUGGACUUGACAAUAUGUAAGCCCUGAUUGGAGAGUUGGAUUUUAAUGCUGCUACGUCCAAGAGGAGCCCUUUCUGAGGCUCGGGAUUCUUCUUCAGGAAAUAACAAGGACAGAGAGGACUACGGGACACAGUGCCCUGUAUGAAAGGGAGCGGUUCAAGCACACACACCCCUAAUAAAGCCCAAUCACCUUCACAGCCUUCCUGUCCCAUUGCGAACUACUAAGCCCUGUCAGUCCAAUCCCAGAGCAGAGCACUGCAGAUGUUGUCUAGGUUUGACUGAACUAUUUCAGAGUCAUUCACCCACACUCUCAAGUGCUCGAUUACAAUAGGUGAAACCUGUACAGAUACACACGGGCCGUCCGGGUACCUUAACUAGCCAGUAAUGCUAAAAGUCUCUUUAUUUCUUAUAGCAUUACAAUGUUACGAAUUCUGUUUUAAAAGAAGCUGCCCUUGUAUGCAAAGGAAGUACUAGCUAAAAAGCUAAAAUCAUGACAUGCUGAUAAAAAGCACAAAAGAUUAUUCGUUUUGGUUUGCUGGUAACAAUGCGCAGUUUGGAUGGGAAUCCAAGAGCAGGGGUCACAUUUGUACCCUGCUUGUGUGUGUUUCCUGUCCCGCCUUUUCGUGUCUAUCUAUCUAAAUGUUGGGGACGAACAGAAGCCUGUCACUGGUGUCAUUCUCCUGACAUGUAGGAUUAGAGACCCCUACUGGUGAACUUGUUUGUGCUGCUGUGAACCCAGAGGUGAUGUAAAUUGUGUCUGUUUAUUCCUGUGAGGAUGACUUUUUGUAAAAAGAAAUAAAAUGAAAAAAAAAGAAAGAAAGAAAAGAAAAGGAAAAAAAAAGAGAAACUCUGUUGUGUCUCGGUAGCUCCCUAAAAAAAAUAAACAGGGAGCUGGGGGCUGGAACUUUAUUUUUUAUUUGAAAUGAUUAUUAUCAUUAUUUUCAUUUUUUUUAUUCUGUCUUUUUUUGGUUUUUCUGACUCAUUCAAGAUAAACAGUACAUUGCACUGUCCCCCUUCUGCUCCUCCUAUUUUUUCUAUGCACCUAUUCAUCCCUCUGUCUUUCCCUCCCUCCCUCCAUCACCUCACCUCCCUCCCUCCCUCCCUCCCUCCCUGUCUGUCUGCUUAUUCUCUCACUCCCUCUUCACCUUCUCUACUGCUUUCUCUUCCACCCUCGCUGCUCCCUCCUUCCCCCCUCUAUCUCCUUAUUCUUUCCCUCUCCUCUCUCUUCAUUUGUGCAACCCAAAUGUUUUGUAUGUGGUUAUCAAACAAUGCCAGACUCAAAAGCUGUUUAUAAAUAACAUUAAACAGAAAGUGUCCUCAAA